UUGUGGCAACACUGAGAGUGGAUCGAAAACGCGACUCGACUUGCAGACGUCGGAAAAAAGUCAUUCCAGUUGUGAAAAAAAAACCUUAAGAAAAUAAUGGCCGAUCGACAACCGGUAAGGCGAGCUCGAGCUCGUGGAUACACGGCCGUUAGCGUGUCUCAUGAGUCCCGACAAGGUCGUGGUCAACCCCCUGUCCGGGGAAGUGGCGUUGCAGUGUCCGGGCCACGCCCAUCGUUUCAACAUCCUGGAGCCGAGGGACGUGCCGUAACUUACCACGAAGGUUCCGCCGGACGUGGCGCCGUUAGUGCUUCCACUAGUGGUGGAGGGAACGGCAACGGUAACGGUGGGGAUGGUAACGGAAAUGGAGCGGCUGCAGUGGCUAGCCGCGGGGCAAUGCGAGGUCGACGUCCCGUUGGAGAUACCCUUCGCACUCGUGCUCUGGAUGCUCCUUCAAAACAUGGAACCGCUGGCCAACCGCUUCAGCUGCAAGCGAACUACUUCAAGCUGCUCAAGCACAUCGAAUGGACACUGUACCAGUAUCGGGUAGAUUUCGCUCCGGCCUGUGACAGUAUCCGGUUGAUGCAAGGGCUGAUUAGUCAGCACAAGAAGACCUUCGGAGGAUAUCUGUUCGACGGAACGCAGCUCUUUAUGGUGAACAAACUGAGGAGCGAGCAGCUGUCCCUGGAAUGUCGCCACGAGCGGACAGGGGAGGUUUAUCAGGUAAAAAUCGUCCACACCGGAACCGUCGACAUGACCAACGAAACCGGCAUCCAGGUACUGAAUUUGAUCCUUCGUCGCGCCAUGGGAGGACUGAAUCUUCAACUGGUCGGCCGAAACUUGUACGAUGCGGCCGCCAAAAUCGCUAUCCGCGACUUUCACAUUGAACUGUGGCCGGGUUACGUUACCAGCAUCCGUCAGCACGAGCAGGACAUUCUGGUGUGCUGUGAAAUUGCUCACAAGACCAUGCGGAUGCAAACCUGCUACGACGUUCUGCGGGAUUGUCGGAACAAUGAUCGAAACUAUAAGGAUGCUUUCACCCGAUCCGUCUUGGGGGUCGUCGUUUUGACCGGUUACAACAAUAAGACCUACACGAUUCAUGACGUGUCGUUUGAAACGACGCCGUCCAGCACUUUCGAGACCAAGAAUGGGAAAAUUUCCUUCGUCGAGUACUACCAGCAGAAGUACAACAUUCGGAUCCGGGAUCCGAACCAGCCGAUGUUGCUGUCCCGAGCGAAGAAGCGGGAUCUGCGAGCAGGGGGCAACGAACUGAUGGCACUCGUUCCGGAACUGUGCCAGAUGACGGGGCUUACCGACCAGAUGAGAAACGAUUUUCGAAUGAUGCGCGCCAUGUCCGACUACACUCGCCUCAACCCGGAUCGGCGCAUUGAGCGGCUGGAAACGUUCAACCGCCGUCUUCAGACCACACCGGAGAGCAUGGAAGUGUUCAAGGUAUGGCAGAUGGAGCUGGACAAACGUCUGGUUGAACUCCCGGGCCGACUGCUGCCCCAGGAAAUGAUCCAGUUUUCCACGACAUCGACAGGGGUCCCAGCGGGUGAUAAUGCAGAUUGGACCAUGCACUUCCGCAACAAUCCGAUGCUGUCAACCGUUCGGUUAGACCAUUGGUACAUUAUUGUACCGAGUCGGGCCCAGCGAGAAGCCAACGAAUUCCUUGGCUGCUUGAUGCAGGCUGCCCAGGGAAUGCGAUUUGAUGUCAAACGAUGUGAGUUUGUUACCAUCCCGGACGACAGUCCCGGAACCUAUGUCCGAAUGUUGGACAAUGUUGUGAACAAAGAUCCCCAACUGAUCAUGUGCGUUGUGACGAAUCAAAAGGCCGAUCGGUACACGGCCAUCAAAAAGAAGUGCUGCGUUGAUCGCGCCGUUCCAACGCAGGUCAUUUGCCAGAAGACCAUCACACCGAAGGGAGGCAAUGUGCGGACGCUGAUGUCCGUUGCCACCAAGGUUGUCAUCCAGAUGAAUUGCAAACUGGGCGGAGUACCGUGGAAGGUGAAGAUUCCGCUCAGCGGCAUGAUGACCAUCGGUUUCGAUGUGUGUCACGACACGAACGAUAAGUCGAAAUCUUACGGAGCGAUGGUGGCCACGUUCGAUCACGAUAACCGAGGUACUCCCAAGUUCUUUUCAACCGUGAGUCAGCACAGACACGGGGAAGAAAUAUGCAACUAUCUUCCUCUGAACACGAUCAAGGCUCUGAACGAGUAUCGCAAGGAGUACAACGAACUGCCGAAGCGUAUCUUCUUCUACCGGGAUGGUGUCGGAGAGGGUCAACUGCACUACGUGUACGAACACGAGGUCAAAUCGAUCGUGGACAAGCUGAACGAGAUCUACAAAUCCGCCGGAGCCGAGCAGGACGUCAUGUUCACCUUCAUCAUCGUGAGCAAGCGCAUCAAUACGAGAUUCUUCGAUCGCAAACAGAAUCCAAGGCCAGGAACGGUGGUCGAUGAUGUGGUGACAAACCCGGAACGUACCGAUUUCUACAUUGUUUCGCAGUCGGUCCGCCAGGGAACGGUUUCCCCCACGGCGUACAACGUUCUCUACGACACGUCCGGGCUGAAAGUGGACCACCUGCAGAUGUUGUCCUACAAGCAGUGCCAUCUGUACUACAACUGGUCCGGAACAACGCGGGUACCAGCGGUUUGCCAGUACGCCCACAAACUGUCCUUCCUGAUCGGGCAGUUUAUCCACCAGGCGCCGAGCAAUCUGCUCGAGAAGAAGCUCUACUUCCUGUAGGGGAAGUAACGCAGCGUAUUCUGGUUUUGGUUGGUUUUACAGUCUUUUACAAUAUUUAACUACGUUGACUUCAAGCAUUGCAUGUUGACCAAGCAAUUAGCGCAUGUAUUUAAGCAGAUACCAUUGCCGUAGAUUUAUUUUACUUUUUUUCGUUUCGUAAUAUUGAAUUGGCUAAGCAUAAUAUAAUAAUACUUAUAUUAUUUUUGUUGGAAUUGACUAGUUUGUUGAUACAUUAUUUUUAUGUAAAGUAAAAUUAUUGCUUUAAUAAAUAUUCGCUAUUCCAGUAUGGCACAAAAA